AUGGCCGGCCCAGCAGCUGCGGGUUUGGCGUCUCUCCUGUCGAAGGUCCUCAGCGAUGGCCAAAGCAUAUCGCCUCCUCAGGAGGUGGUAGGUGCUACAGUCCUCAACGAGUGCAGCACACUGGCGGAGGCCUCUCUGGGCUCGUAUCAGCGCAAGGGUGCGAGCGAGAAGACCGCUGCGGCCAAUCCACCGGAACAGCUACGUUGGGGAUACGCCUCCAUCACGAAAACAGUGGUUGGGGUGGUGAUGCAGAUGCUCAUGGCCAAUAGCAGUCUACCUGAAAUCAGCUGGAACGAUACGCUCAGCCAGUGGUUGCCGGACUUGGCACCGGGCACAGACUUUGCAAAUGCCUCGCUCCUGGACGUGGCCUCGCACACCGCUUGUCUUGUGGGUGAAGGUGCACCGUGGAGUGAUGAGAAAUGGGCAGAAUUCCAUGCGUCUUGGUCUCAUGGCUAUAUUGCCAGCCGCACAGUCUGGGUGAACAACACUUUGCAAUAUGGGGCACUGAGCAAUUGCAUUCCAGAGCUCAAUACUGUGCACACUUAUGUCCAUGUUGAUGGUGUACAGAUCUUGGCUUUGAUCGAAGAAAGGAUUUCGGGCAUGGAUUUUGGCACUUUGGCAAAGACGUUGAUCUUCGAUCCGCUCAACAUGAAAGGGGCAGAGAUCAUCGACGCAAAUCCCGCUGGAGGGCUUUGGGCCUCUUUGAGUGACCUGGGAAUCUAUGGCCAGUGGCUUGUCCAGGGCUACAACGGGCGGCCUGAGGCUUUGGCCAAGACUCUCUUGAAGCAGCAAGACUUCGUGGAUUUGCUGUCGCCCAUCACAAAGCAUGGAGUCGUACCAGCGACCGGUCGCACCUUUGGGGUUUACAACGACUGGAGGACCGGUCAACCUCGAGCAGGCCAUGGCGGUUGUCUCGGUGCAUUUUUGGAGCUUGCGCCGACCGAAAACUUGAUUCACAUCGUGGCGUUCUUUCCAGAAGAUGCAGAUUGGGUGGUGAGCUGUGAUACUAUGUGGCACACCAGUGAGGUACUAGGGCGAGCAAAACAGAGCCUUGGAGAAGCCUUUACGGCUUGCCGCCAGAGACCCGCACAUCUCUGCAGUAGCAGUCCCGUGGCAACGUCGCUGUCUUGUGAGAUCACCGAAAACCUCACUUUGGAUGAGAGCACGUUGGAUGCGCCUUACAAGAGAAGUACUUGCAGGGAGGAAGACCUCACUGCUGCUGUGAAGGAAGCAUUGGAUGCGUACCGUGCUGUGGACUUCUCAACCAAAGCUUUUGUGGUGCCGGAAGGCUGUUGGGGUGCUCUCCCAAUCUACGAAAAUGAUCCAUGCACCUCAAUUCAUUCUGGCUUCAAGUUCUGCUCGGAAAACAAGUGGGAUUGUGGCGUCUUCCUGGUAAACAAUGACAGCUACAUCGCGGAGGACUGGCCAUGUCGCUGUGGAGUCUCAAUUCCGAAGGCUGUUUGCUCGACCUCCGGUGACACAUCUUGCAACAUCACCAGGUCAGAGCCAGAGAUCAACACGAGUUGCUUGAUCCGGUCUGAGACCAGUCCAACGCCUUCCACAGCGACUGAGACCAGUCCAACGCCUUCCACAGCGACUGGUACGACUACGUCAUCUACAUCCCUUUCAGAUGGCUUGUCUUUAGCAUCAGGAGAGCGCCGAAUUGGUGUGCCGUGGUUCUGCCUGCCUUUCGGACUUGUGGGAGUGCUGUUUUAA